CCGCCCCCUCCCGCCGCGACCACGGGCUUGGGGGCGGGGCCUGGGCACAAGAUGGCUGCCGCGCGCCUGGAGCCCCCGAGUCCGAGCUCAGCGGCCCCGGAGCCGCGAUCCCCGGAGACGCCGGACCUGGUCCUGGUGCCAGAUGACGGCCGGCCCGCCACACCCCCGAGUGACCUCAUCGAGAUCCAGGUGGUGAAGGUGACGGACACCACGCUGGUACCUGAGCCCCCGGAGCCAGGUUCCCUCCACUGUGCCUUGUGCCCAGCUGCCUUCCGGCUGGUGUCUGAGCUGCUGUUCCACGAACAUGGCCACCUGGCGGGGGCUGAGGGUGGCGGGCAGGGUGGGGACCCCAGCCGGUGUCAUGUGUGUGGCCACAGCUGUCCGGGCCCCGCCAGCCUCCGCGCGCACUACAGCCUGCACACGGGGGAGCGGCCCUACCGCUGCGCCCUCUGCCCCCGGGCCUUCAAGGCCCUGGCGCCUCUGCUGCGGCACCAGCACCGACACGGGGUGGAGCCGGGGACCUCUCAGAGGCCCCCGGAGGCGGCGGCGGCUCGGGAACAGAGGCCCGGGGUGCCCCAGGAGAGGUCGGAGGUGGUGAUGGCGGCGGCGGCAGCGGGCGCGGCGGUGGGGAAGCCUUUCGCCUGCAGGUUCUGCGCCAAGCCGUUCCGCCGCUCGUCAGACAUGCGCGACCACGAGCGGGUGCACACGGGCGAGCGGCCCUACCACUGCGGCAUCUGCGGCAAGGGCUUCACCCAGUCCUCGGUGCUCAGCGGCCACGCGCGCAUCCACACCGGGGAGCGCCCCUUCCGCUGCGCCCUGUGCGAUCGCACUUUCAACAACUCCUCUAACUUCCGCAAACACCAGCGCACCCACUUCCACGGGCCGGGGCCAGGGGUGGGGGACUCUGGCAGCCAGCUGGCCUCCGGGGCCGAGGAGCCAGGGAGUGGCUGUGGGGCGGGAGACAGUCUGGAAGAAGGCCAAGGGGAGACGGCAAAGGUGAAGGUGGAGGUCGCCCAGUAGGCUGGGAGAGCAGGGACAUGGGGGCAUCAACGUGGGAAGUAGGAGGCACCUUGCAAGGGAGGGGGUGGGUGGGAAAAGGAGGCAGGAGAGAGGAGAUGGGGGUAGAGGUGAAAAGAGCUAACAGUGAUGGCCAUCAGCAGCUAGUACAGGAGAACAGCUUUCGGGACACCCACACACCCAUACAGCACCUCCAUGAGACUCAGAAAGGCACAGACACAGACUUGUGGAUGCCCAGGUAUGUGUGAGGAACACAGGCUGGUUUUCACUGCCCAAGCUGCCUGCUCAUUCGGUUGUCCUCAUGCAAGACACAGUUUGUCCCCACAGAGCCUGGGCACCAUAGAGGGUGAGCCAGGGUUGAAUGGAAGGGGCAGAACUGGGGUCAGUCCUUCAUCUACAGAACCCUGGACUAUCUUGGGGGCCUAGGGUGGACCAGGAUGGAAUCUUUUGCCUACCUCACUGGAUUGCACUGAACCUGGGAUGCCUACCCACCCUCAGGCAGAAGACACCUGCCAGGUCCUCCAUGAAGAGACUCUGGGAUCCCAUCACCUCGAAGCCAGAGGGUCCCCAAGUCCUAGCUGAGAGCACUUGAGCCUCAAGGAUGUAAGCAUGACCCUAAGGAUCUUGACUCUAAGAGUUGCUCCCUGCUCCCAUGGUGGGCCCUCCUUAACCCACUGACUCUGAGGCAACAACAUUACAACAGACAGCAAACAGCCACCUAAUACCCCCAUCAUAGGCCUUUAGGUUCAGAGCCCAUGGCCCCCAGGGCUACAGAGUAGCCUCAGUUUUCUCUGAUCUCCUCCGCUCCCUGUUUGAAGCAAACAGCUUACUGCCUGACCCAAUGCUAUCCCACGGAAGUGUUGGGGAAGGCAGCAUGGUGGGCUGGCCUGUGUACGGCAGGUGUGGAAUGAACUGAGUCACCGUGGCGGGGGCAAAAGGAGGACCUGGGGGCUGGAGGUGGGGAGCCUCCAGUUCUCCUAUUAAAGGACUUUCUGAAGGGUC